AUGGAACUGAAGAACCAGUCAGCAGUUCAAGAUUUUAUUUUGGUCGGCUUAUCCAGCUCCUCUGAACAUCAGAAAAUCAUAUUUUGGGGGUUCACUUUAAUCUAUGCAACUGCUUUGUCAACCAACUUCCUCUUCAUCUUCACUUUAAGCACUUGCCGCAAGCUCCACACCCCCAUGUAUUUCCUGCUCAUCCAUUUGUCCAUAGCAAACAUGUUUUGUAUCUCGGUGACAAUUCCCAAGAUGCUCCAGAAUACUUUGGCCUCCAGGAAGACCAUCUCAUUUUCCGGCUGCAUAGCCCAAGUUUACUUUUUCUUGUGGGCUCUGGGAACAGAGAUAUUGCUGCUUUCCUUUAUGGCCUUUGAUCGCUUCAUCGCCAUCUGCCAUCCUUUGCAGUACACAGUCAUCAUGAGGAGGGAAGUAUACAUCGGGGUGGUGGCUGGAGUGUGGGUGGCGGGGAUGAUCAAUUCUGCCAUUCACACAGGGCUUGUGCUGCGCCUUUCCUUCUGCGACUCCAACGUCAUCAACCACUUCUUCUGUGACUUGCCUCCUUUGCUGAUGUUGUCUUGCUCAGACAUCAGCCUCAAUGAAACCAUGGCUUAUGUAGCUGAUGCUGUCUUCUCCAUGGGUAGCUGUUUGCUGACGUUAACAUCAUAUUUGUUGAUUCUGGCAACCAUCUUUAGAAUUCAAUCUACUGAAGGGAAGAAGAAAGCCUUCUCCACUUGCUCUUCCCACCUCCUUGUUGUCAGCUUCUACUUUUCCACCAUCAUCUACACAUACAUCAGGCCUACCUCAACCUCAUCCCAAGAAGAAAACAAGGUUAUUGCUAUCCUUUAUUCAGUGGUAACUCCUGUGCUCAACCCUGUCAUAUAUUCCUUGAGAAAUAAAGACGUUAAAGAGGCACUGAAGAAGCUCACAGGUAGAUCCCUACUGAGAGUUAGUGUUGGAUAG